AUGCUCGGUCUUCGAAGACUAAUGCAAGGGGAUGCCAAACACCCCAAAGCGCCCUUAGGAAACAAUUUCAGACCGCCGCAGCCACUGCAUCAUAGACCGGUCCGGACAAAUAUUGACUUCAAUGUUAAGCACCGUGGCGAAAUUGGCAAGCAGUGCCCCAGCAUGUACAAAGACGUCCACUACCAGGCGAACAGUUGGAGGCAGCAUUAGACAAUGUGAAGUGUGCCAUGUAAAAACAAAUAACAAAUAAAUUUUGAUAAAGUGAUCGACCCAUAUCUCGCGAAUUAUCAAACAAUCAUUGCUGAGUGAAGUGACCAAACUAUAUCAGUGCUAGCAACAAUACAAAAUAAAACAUAUCAUAUCAUAUUUUGCAGAAGAUAUAUGUUAAAUGACUGAAAAGUUUGUUUUCGCUUUGAUUUAGAAUAGAGUGAGGAUUUUUUUCAUUUGAGGAUCAAGAUUUUCAAUCGACAAUGGAACGUUUCUUUCAAGAAGUUUAGAUAGAAGCUAUAAUUUCAUUUGAAAAUCAAAUCAAGUAAUUUUUUUUGAAUCUGAUAUUUUCCACUACAAAGAGGUAGGAACGAAAAUAUUGAUAAAAUUCAGUUGGUAAUAAGACAAAAUGAAAUAUUUGGCUCCGAACUGGAAAUUCAUAAGCGUCAUUCAGAGUGAAGACUACAGCUAAGUUUAGAAUGAGAAUCGUGUGAAUUUUACAUUUCUCUCGUAAAAAAACGAGCGCUGUCGAGCUUUUCCUUGCAUUCAUUCAUUUAUAUAUAAUUUGCUCGUCUAUUUCUCCUCUAUGAAUUUCUGCAAACUGUAAAUGAAUUUAUUUAUUCAUUGAAUUGUUGAUAUAAUUGAAACAGCUCUUGGAAGCCUAUUUCCUUUCGACGAUCAUCACUUGAACUUUUCACGUUUUGUUUAUUUCAUUCUUCAUUUCAUAUACUCUAUGCCAUAGAGCAUAUAGCAUAUUUUUUCACCGUAAUUUCACAAAAUACAAACUUUGUGAGGUUGAUAUGUAUUUCAAUUACGAUUUGACAAAAUGGGUUGCCUUUUAUAAGUUUCAAAUUAAUUGCCAUCAUUUAAAAUUUUACAGCAAAAGUAUAGUUUGUUUGAUAUCUUUCAGAAAAAAAACUUCAUACAUUUUUCUAGGGGUACAGAAGAUCACCUUUUUAUGAACAUAACGAACUAGAAUGAAUAUAAUAAUGCAUUCAUGAAAUAGUAAUUUUUUGAUAGAAUCUAAAUAUGAAAGGCGUAUGAUUGUUUUCAAAAAAAUCCUAAUGCAUUGAUAACUCGAACUCAUUCCAUACGGAUUAAUUGCUGAUCAUCGCAAAACUAUUUUUGAACUCAAUGGUUGAAUUCUCUUGGAAACUUCAAAGUCUAGCUGAAUAUAUAGGUUUCGAAAUUGCUCUUCUUGAUGAAUCAAUCUUGAUUCAUCUUUCCCAUAAAUCUCAAUGAUUCUACCGAUUGUAAAUCUAUUCAUUCAAACAGAUUUUCGAUAGAUCGAAUUUCCAUCUGAAGCACUUGCAGCUCCAUAUUAUCCGAAAGAAAUUGAUAACCAAUCAUGUUUCUUUGGAUUCGUGUAAAAUCUGUUUAUGUAGAGUAGGGAGGAUGAGUUUAGACCCACAGCACUUAGGCCACAUGUGACCCAUUGU